ACUACUUGGACCACUGGCUGAACUCAGUCCGCACACACACCCUGGUGCACGGGCGGGAGCAGACAGGAGAGCCGCGUGUCGUUUUGGUCCUCACGCACAAGGACAGAGUUGAUGAGUCAAACAUUGAGGAGUACAAGAGAGACAUACGUGAUCACAUCAGUGGUAAGGCCGCCGGUAAACACGUCUUGCCAAAGAUAUUUGUCAUCGACAACUUCAACGAGGACAACAGCGACAUUGACGAGCUCCGAGAAUACCUCCGUGAGGUAGCGAAGGGUCUGUGGUUCAUGGGCCAGGAGGUGCCGAUGACUUGGCUUCAUCUGAAGUCCAAACUGAUGGACAAGCGGAGAGAGGACGACCCAUUCUGCCGUUUCCAAGAUGUCGUCGAUCUGGCCCGGAGUGAUGACGUGGGCAUCACGGACGACAGCCAUGUUGCCGACAUUUUGACCUUCCUACACGACCUUGGUGACAUCAUCUUCAUCAACGAACCCGUUCUCCGUGAUCACGUGGCCCUUCGACCCCAGGUGAUGAUUGACGUCUUUAAGACCAUCAUCACCGUCCCGGUGUACCAACAGGACAGGAGCACGGAUGGGGAAGUUACCGACAUGUGGAGGAGGCUGGAGACGGAAGGCAUCCUCAGUGACAGGCUGUUGACAAUCAUCUGGUCCAAAGCAGAUCAGAAGAUGCAGAAACCCUUCCUACUGCGGCACAAACACUUCCUGAAGCGACUGAUGGAAAAGUACUACCUCCUCUGCAACGCCACGCCGAUCGGUGGGUUUGAUGACACAGAGGACGAGCCUAAGAAAGAAGAGAUCUACUUCGUACCGUCUCUCCUGGCCACAAAGCCUGACGAUAGCACCUUGUAUCCUGGGCACAUGACGAGAUACCAGCAUCCUCUGUAUGUCGUAUUCGACAACAUGUUCCUCCCAAGUGGCAUGUUCUAUCGUCUACAAGCCAUUUGUGUGCGCAGGUUCGGUCUUCAAGAGUCCCACGUGCUCGCCGGUUGCGGUCGCUUCCCUACCGACGAUGUAAAGCAACAGUUCGUGGUAACCAAAGUGAAGCACUACCUGAAGGUGGAGCUUCUGUCGGCUAAAGACCAGCCAGCGUUCACACAGGCCCUUCCUGUUAGAAAGUUCCUCAGCAGUUGUCUCUUUGAGAUUAAGGAGAAGUGGAUCCCGUCCAUCCAGUAUGACUGGUGCUUUGGGGAGGAGUCAGAAAAAGAAACCGAAACACCAGUAUUCUACCCACUGUCUGAUAUCGGGCACGAAACAGCAACGGGAUCCAGUCGUUUUCCAGAAGACUUCAUCGAUGUCUGGAUACGUGGCAGAAAAUAUGUUGCACAUGCAGAAAACUCAGGUGGUUCCGGACCCGUGAUGAUAGAGCCCACGCUGAACCCAGACGCAGUCCACACGAUCGGCCCUGUCCUGGACUGUAUGGAGACCUGCAGAGGGCUGAGUCUGGCACAGUGCGAUCGGAUCAGACACGAGCUCACAUUUGUCAGCAGGUUCAAAGAGCUGGUUGCCACCGUCAACAGGGCCGGAGACACGUGCCGUCGCUUGCUGGGAGCGUCCGUGGAAGUUUGUCUGCCUGAGAGAGCACCCAUGUUCCACAAGGAAGAGAGAGGGAACGAACUUGUUCUCCUACACACCGGAGACUACAACGACAAGCUCACCCAGCCACUGUUGAAACAGGCAGUCCAAUCGUCCAGCAGGUACGGUGUAACAGUGUCUGAAGACGUCAUCAAACCAGGAGAAAUCAUCACAGACAAACUCUUGUACCAUCUUCUCCAACGGAACGUCAGGAUGGUCGUACCGAUCAUCACACCCCAGACUCUCCACAAGAGACACUGGUCCACGCUCGGGUACGAAUUCUGUGUACAGAACAAGAACCUGGUCUUCCCGGUCUUCGCCUACCCUGAAGGAACCAGAGAGCGUUUGCUAGAGGUGCUCGGCAGGCGCUGUGCGGGGAUGUUGGAUAUGGCAGCAACAGAAGUACCAAUGGCUGAAGAAAAACUGUCCAGUAACAAAAUUGGUCUCCUUUCAGCAGACAUCCUGAGGAAGGCGUCGUCUUCUGUUGUGCUGAACACGUACAGAAUCACAGAAGAAGGUUGCCAGAUUGAGGAGGAUGGUGUUACUAUCUUCUUUCCAAAAGGAUGCGUCAAGACGGAGAGGUCCCUGUCCUUGGAGGUCGAAAUGCUGCCCAUUGAUGACGCCUUGACAAAGGCUUUCUCAGCUGUGACCCCGAUACUGACUGUGCACCAGGAAAAGGAGGAGGACUUCUUAGAGCCCGUGAGCGUCACUCUGCCGUGGGCAUGGAAGAAGAGCGACUGCGGCACAGAUAAGACCGUCCUGAUGGAGAGAAAGUCAAAUCAUCCCCAGUGGUCGCUGCUAAGGACAGAGUUUCAAGAGACAGAGGACGCAGUCACAUUCACAACGAGACACUUUUCUGGGAUUGCCGGUGCCAAGGAAAGUGGCAAAGUGGGAGAAAGUUCGACCCCCCCUGCAGAAAGGCCAGGGAAGCAGGAGGAGACUGCCAAUUCGGGGGCGUCAGAGUCAAAUGUUCCAUCAGAGUCAAAUGUUCCUUCAACAUCUCCAACCACGUGUCUAUCAUUCAAGGGGUGUUGGAACAGGUACACUGAAGACAAAGUGUACCUCAUAGUAAACCCAAACCAGGCAACAACAGACAACAACUGCAUCCACCUCAUGUGUGUUCACAAGGACGACGACCCCAACGACUUUUUCCAAGCUGACAAUAUGUUGCCGCUCCCACCGUUCAAACAGCGCAUCGUCAUGGGCUGGGAAGAAAGGAUAGACGCCAAAUUUGAUGAAGAAAAAGAGGUCAUUGGGGAUUCUCGUGAUCUUAAGGAAGGUAUCAUCUUCUUCUUCCCACCAGCUAACUGCAACAGGUGGUCAGUUGGACUGAUCCUGAACAAUCCGAGCCAAACCAAAAAGAUGUACCAAGGAGCCGUCCAUUUCAGACUUUCUAAACCCGGAUCACAAAUAACUGAUCUCAAGCGCCGGAUCCCGUCAGCGACAGUGUAUUUCCACUCUGAAGAUGAGGGGAAGACAAGUCAGGUUCAGCAGAAGGAAGGCACUGUGAUCACCAUGAUCAAGGCGUCCCAGAUACAACAUAAGAAAGCCGUCGUGUCUGUUCUGAUGGUUAACGAUACGUACGGCACGUCCCAAGGAGGUACAUCGACCACGAACCGUCAGGUGUCGCAAUUUCUGCAGCGACAUGGUGCUACAGUUCAUGCUACGGCUUUGCAAGCAUCUGAAGAAGACAAGCGGUGUGCCACAGACGAUGGUGUCAUUUUGCAUUUGCCUGUUCGAAAUCCCAGGGACAAGAGGACACCUUCUUUGGAAUGGUUGACCCACUACCACAGCUUCCACUACCCAGAUAUACUACAGGAUCUGAAGUGCAUUGUGGGUCAUGUAGAUGUCACAAGUGGGGCUGCAAAGAGCAUUCAAGAGAACCGCUGUCAACACGCAAAAUUGGUUCUUUUCAACCACGACAUGCCAGAAGAGACGGAGCCUUACAUGGGGACCAAGAAAGCGAUGGCCGCGAGGAGGAAGAUGGACGACAUUCUCGAGGAUGCAAAGAAUGCAGAUGCGGUGUUUUCAUUGGGAAGAAGGAUCUACGACUACUUCGAGACGAAGUACAUGUCACUUGGAGAAAGCAGACCACGCCAACACUUCUUGUUUCUUCCAAGGCCAUCCCCAGUGUUUGAAGCCAUCUCUGUCAGACCAGGAGGAGGACAGAAAGUCGUGCUGUCUGUCGGGAGAGUGACCGAAGUGGACAAGCUGAAGGGCCAUGACCUGGUAGCACGGGCGUUGGGGGAGGUUGCAGAGAAGAUUACAAACGUCAGAUUGUGUGUUCGCGGAAUAGAUGAAGAUGGCUGGGAGGCGAGCAAGAGAAUCCUGGAGGAGAACCUGCACAGUAGUAAGAUCAAACCCACCCUGUUGCCAUGUGGAACCCAGGAGGACAUCGCUCAGGACAUGCAGCAGGCCCACCUGGUCCUGAUGCCGUCCCGUGCCGAGCCGUUCGGACUGAUCGGUCUGGAGGCCAUCGCAGCAGGCAUCCCUGUACUCAUCUCUGACAAGUCAGGACUAGCAGACAUGAUCAUGGACUUGAUCAAGGAGAGGAAGUGCCCUGCAGACAUGAGGCACAGGAUCGUGACAACCAGCGCGAGGGAGUCCGACCUGGAUGAGGAUGCAAGAAAAUGGGCAAAAAAGAUUGCAGACACUUUGGAAUUCUCUGAGUCAGAAUUUGACAGAGCAGCAGAGUACAAGAAUAAGCUUCUUGAGUCCAAGUACUGGGAAGAGUCGCACCAAAACCUGCUGAGGGUCUGUGGAUUGAUUGACUGACUCUAGAUCGCGUCCACUCUUCCACGUGUCGGAUUCUUUUUUGCUGAUUCUGGUCCACAAAAUUAAUGCGAUCAGUAAUGAGUGUAUGUGUUCCAAAGAGUUCUUGAAUUACUUGACACUGACCUCACUUGCGUGAUGUACAUCUUUGAAAUUGUACAUUGACAGUGGCAAAGACAUUGGUAAA